AAAUCUGUCUAUAAAAUGUGCUGGCAGGAUUCCGGAAUUCAUCAGUCACAUCUCCAACUCUUCCAAAGUCACCUCACAGAAGUGAACAAAUUAUCCAGCAUCAUGAAAUUGAUCGUUGCAUUCGCCGCUCUGAUUGCCGUGGCUUUGGCCGCUGCCGUUGAAGAGAAGACCGCCCAGGUCCUGAAGUACGACAGCGAUGUUGGCGUCGAUGGAUACAGCUUCCAGUUUGACACCAGCAACGGUAUCCAGCAACAGGAGAAGGCUGAGCUGAAGAAGUUCGCUGAUGACGUUGCUGCUCUUGUGGUUCGUGGAAGCUACUCCUACACCGGAUCCGACGGACAGGUCUACACCGUGAACUACGUUGCCGAUGAGAACGGAUUCCAGCCAGAAGCCGCCCAUCUGCCCAAGGCUUAAUUGUAUAGCAGAAAAACCUAGAAGUGCAACAACUCUGUAAAUUUGUGUAGAUAGCAAUCAAUCCCCACAUUAUGUGUACAAAAUUUGAUGGAAAAUCAUUUGAAUAAAUUGUAACCGCACCCAUUCGAA